GAUGAUUUCUCAAUUUUUUAUCUUAUCUCCUCAACGAGGUGACACGUUAAUUUUUCAUGAUUACCGUCAUGAUGCUCCUCGCGAUACCUCCGACCUAUUUCUUGAUAGAUUAAAAACCUGGCAUAAAGAACACGGACCAGAUCAAGACCCACCACCAAUCUUUAAUGUUGAUGGUGUUCAAAUCUUGUUCACAAAUAUUCAAGGGUUAUACUUUGUAUGCACUACAAAGUUUAAUGUAUCUACUUUUAUGACCUUUGAAUUACUCGACCGUAUUGCUAGUUUAAUUAGAGAUUUUUGUGGAAUAUUAAGUGAAGA